UUUUAACACUAAUGAUUUUUAAGAAAUUCCUCGGAGCACAGAAAAAUACAGCACCUACCCGCGGGCCUCCAAAUCUCAUAGAGCUCCGCGUCUUCCCCUUUGGUCCCGCCCAGAGCAAACCUGUUGCCUGCGCGCCGCGGUUUCUACCACCGGGUCGGAUGCUUCAAACAUCGGCGGUGACAGGUGGACUCCGGACUGCCGGACUCCCGUUCCCUUGCCCGGCGCUGGCGGAGCAGGUAGAAGGACCUUUCCAGGAUCCGUGCCCGCAGCCGGGAUCCUUCUGCACUCCGACUAACUGCCCUAGUCCUCUGCCCGGCCCUGGUCAUUACUUGGGCCGGAUGAACUGGGCACCGGGGAUGCGCGGGGAAGCUGGCGCGAGCUUGUCAGGAUCGCAUUCGAAUCCGGAUUCUCGCCUAGAUCGCACUCGAACCCCAGAAGAUGCUUACCUGGUUUGCAUUCGGACCCGAAUUCGGGCCCUCAGAAUUACACUAGGACCGGGGCUUGAGCUCCCUGGAUUGCACCUAGACUCGCCUCCCGAGUCCUCCCGAAUGAGAGAAGGCUUUGCUCUGCAGCAAAGAAGUCCGGGACUGGGCGGCCAGCAGGGCGGACCCAACCAAGUUAUCCCUCUCAGUUCGUUUAAGGGGAGCUGCCGAGAGUCUACGCACUGAUCUGGCUGGGCCUGAGC